UACGACGAUGUUCUGUUGUGGAUGAGGCAUUUCGAUUUAUCCACAUCGAUUGGGUCCUUGCUGAGCUCCUUUACCCACAACUAACGCAAUUUCAGGCCUUAUUUUUAUUGUGUGAUUAUUUCACAUCUGCGAAAUUUGCAGACAAUAACUGUCGCGCGUGUCAUUAGGAGUACGUAGUGUUGACGUAUGGAUGUAAAUAGAGCCAGCGUGAUGCGACAUGGGAACAGCGCGUCUUCCCUCAAGUCUAUAAGUCGGUGCUUUCGCGUUGUCUAAAAUACAUGGCAUCUAAAUUUAGCACCGGGCAAUGUGAGCCAGUAACGGGGCUUGUAUGUAAUUUGCCCGGACCCUAUGUGCGGUUAUUAAUACACUGGAUGUGUGUUUUAAACGUCGCCUGUCUCGACAGUAGAUGGAUUUAUCGCAGCACUCGCAGUGUGCGUAAAGGAGCCAGCCGGACGGACGUGCGAGGAGACAUGCAGCCCUGUGGGACAGGUGUCCCUGGGUUGCGUGUGUGUGUGUGUGUGUGUGUAGUCGGAUGAACGCAUGCUCUGUUGUUGUUGAACCUGUCUCUUGAGUUAUGAGCUCCAGAAUGACGCUGGUAUACAAGUUGAGUGCCAGCAUUAAGCACUGGCGUCAUGAUUCACCAGUUUAGUCAAACUAAAACUAAUCUGCAGUAAAGUAGUCCCCUUGGCGUUUAGAUAUGUGUUUCUAUUUAUCCUUUUCGGCUCGGACGUAGAUUUUAAACGUUAAGAUUAAUGGUUGAGGAGGAUUUUUGGAAAAGCCAUCUGUUUCUAUUUGUUGCUUUGCUUCUGCAUCAUUAGAAGUUGGAGUAUGUUAGAUUGAGCCAGGGUUAAAACCUUUUAUAUAAACUGACAAAACUAAUCAACAUUUUACCUGGAUAUGCUCUGCAGUUUUGGCUGAAAAUAUACACCCAGUUGCCAGUUUAGUAGGAAUACCUGACUUAAACUAACGCAGUCUAAUAGAGUCCUUUAAUAUAUCCUACCUUCACGAAGCUACAAUGCACAGUUUCAUUCAUAUAUUGCAGCACUGUUGUAUUGGGCUACAUUGUGUUUUAGCAAGGUGCACCAAUGAACUGGCAGUUUAUGGUAUGAUGGUAAUUGUACUUGCACACCUUGUUUCCGUAAUGCCAGUUUUGCAAUGCAUGACAAGCCCUCAGAGCAGUUGUUUCCCGCCCAUUGCCCACUACUUAGCCCCACCCCUUGCUGUUUCACUUGGUUUCAUAAUACGGCUCACUCUCCGUGUGGAGCUUACCCAAGCAGUCGCUGUAGAAGUAGCCGUCCCGGUGAGGAGUCUACUUCAUAUAACAGGACUGAGGAUCGUCUCGGUCCUCUCUCUACCAGCCGUUCCUGUGUCAGUUGCCGACCGAAGGAGAAGAGACGAGUCAUUCAUUACAGCUUCGUCAACAACCAGCCAGAGCCAGCAUGCAGGAAAAGCCUAAACAAAGAAGAAUGAACAUGGAUUUUUCCCAACUGCACACAUACACGCCGCCACAGUGUGCUCCCGAGAACACCGGCUAUACCUACUCUCUCAGCUCCAGCUACUCCACAGCAGCGCUAGAUUUUGAGAAGGAGCACCACAUUGCUGCCGUUUACGAGUCUCCCAGGAUGUCACGGCGGAGCCUGCGUCUGCAGACAGGCGCCGGUCACGAUGGCAACGAGACCCUGGCUGAUUACUCCCAGAACCACAGCAAUAGCAGCAGCUACACCAGCACCAGGAGAGAGACACGGACUCUGCGGAGUAAAAAGCAGCAGUCCAGUUCCAGCUCACUGUCUUUAUCCUUGAGCCAAGCCGCCACACCGAGGAAAACCCUCUCCUUCUCAGCUGCAAAUACCCCGAUUAACAACAGCAGCAGCAGCAGCAGCAGCAGCAUCAUUCAUGAAGGCAACACGGCGUCUGAUGGCUCUUUGCUCUCCUCCAUGCUGGACCAGUCCUACCUGAGACAACGCACCAUCAUCACAACCACCACUACGUCUGUGGAUGGAAACUGGGGGAGAAGCUCAAAUGUCAACGGCGACGCCAGCGCGUCAAAGUCUCACACCUCACGCACCAACGGAUACCUCUGCAAAGGCUGCUCCUUUCACUCUCACAAGACGGACUCCCCUAUCUCACAGUGUUCAUUAUCAUCAUCGUCAUCAUCGUCGUCUCAGGCUGCAGAAGCUUCCUCAGGCGGCCUCUUCUCCUCUUCGUCCUCGUCACCUUUCACAAGCAUAUACUCCAGAGACAGGAGUCGAAGGAACAAGACGGGUGUCCUGGUGUCGAUGUCUAACACGUGUGUGCGCUACAGCCAACGAGCCCUGGCCCCCAUCGUGUCCUUCGUCACCCUGCUCUUCAACAAUGUGCUCUGGCUGGGUUCAUGGGCCAGGAGCCAUGCAGGAAAAGAUGUCCUCACAUCAUUUUCGGCCUCGAUGAGGCGAGCCGUGUCCUCCAGUUUAUCCCAACUGUGGCUGUUUAAGCAGACCACUCUCCACAGGAUGAUGGGCUACAGGGCUCAUGGCUAUGAAGGAAAAGCUCACUCAAGUUUCUGUGGAAGCUUGAAUGUGAAGGAUCUGGUGACUGAAGAUGCAUCACAUCUCAAACUCAAUGGUUCCCUUUGCAACGACUGUAAAGGACAGCAGCAUUCAGAGACGCACACCGUCCGCCUCACACGGUCCUCCAGGCCUCGGCGCCUGGUGGGGGCCCUGUGGAGCGUCCUAGUUUACACAGGUCACUUUCUCAUCCGGCAAGGUUACGGUGUGCUGAGAGGAGGCCAAGCGGUGGGAUCACGGAUCGGCACAGUGGCGCAGAGGCUCCUGUCGUUUUUCUGGAUGCUCUUGGCAGCUCCAGUUAAGGCAGGCAGGGGACUUCUGUGGUUUCUUGCAACCGGGUGGUACCAGCUGGUGUCUCUCAUGUCUCUCCUCAACGUCUUCUUUCUGACGCGAUGCCUUCCCAAACUUUGGAGGCUCCUGCUGCUCCUUUUGCCCUUUUUGCUUCUCCUUGCUUUCUGGUGGUGGGGACCGUCCACUGCCGCCCUGCUCGCCUACCUCCCAGCCAUAAACCUAACCGAGUGGCGUCCCGCGUCUCCCUUCACCCUGCUGUCUAACUUGGUGCCAGCUUCUGCUCCUGUUCCUGCCUCGGCCCCCGUCCCUGCAGCAGAGAGUCCAGUGGAGCUCACCCCAGCCACCCCGGUCUCACAGGCACCACCGUUCCUUCAUCCUGUGGUGGUCUCAAGUCUGGACUUGGAACGGCUGGAGCGCGUGGAGCGCCAACUGAGCCUGCUGUGGGCACGAGUCCAGCAGGGUGAUCAGAGGCAGGAGCAGCGUCACGGGGACGUAGUGGUUCUCUACAGCACCCUGAAGGAGCAGCUCCACACUCAGACCGACAGGGACAGCCUGGGAUUGUGGGUGUCCUCCCUGCUGGAGCAGAGACUCGGCGUGUUACGGGGAGAAGUGGAGCGGGAGAACACGCACAGAGCGGAGAGUGCAGAGCAGCAGAAACAGCAGCAAGAGGGUCAGGCCACCCGGCUGGCCGAUUUAGCGUUGCUGCUCAAUGCGCUGGCUGCCAAGACUGAGGAGGUGCAAGAGAAGCAGCAGCAGCAGCAUGAACAUGAGAAGCAGGAAAGAGAGAAGGAGAUGGUCACUUCAGCAGACACAGUUCCCGUCAGUGUGGGUGUGAAGCAAGAGGAACAUGAUGCUCUGCUCGUCGAGGUGCAGAGACUUGAGGUGGAGCUGACCAAAAUCCGAGAAGACCUGCAGGGUGUUGUGGGAUGUAAGGGGAAGUGUGAGCAGCUGGACACUCUGCAGGAGACGAUAUCAGCCCAGGUGUCCUCCCAGGUGUCCUCCCAGGUGUCCUCCCAGGUGCGUCAGGAGUUGCAGGCCCUGUUCUUCGGCAGUGGAGAGCAAGGAGCGGUGCCGGAGUCUCUGAUCCUCUGGCUGUCCCAGCGCUACAUGACCACACCCGACCUGCAGGCUGCCCUGUCCUCACUGGAGCGGAGCAUCCUGAGAAACCUGUCCCUGCAGCUGGAGCUGAACCGGGCCCAAACCCUGGGCGAGGCCGAGUCCCAAGCCAAGACCAUCGUUAAGACUGUAGCAGGAACGGUCCAACACAGUGCUGCUGCUCAGGGACUGACAGAAGAGCAAGUGAAGCUGAUUGUCCAAAACGCUUUGAGGCUCUACUCCCAGGAUCGAACGGGCCUGGUGGACUACGCCCUGGAGUCGGGAGGUGGCAGCAUUCUCGGCACUCGCUGCUCCGAGACGUACAAGACCAAGACGGCCCUCAUGAGUCUGUUCGGCCUGUCGCUCUGGUACUUCUCCCAGUCGCCACGCGUCGUCAUCCAGCCCGAUGUGUACCCCGGUAACUGCUGGGCGUUCAAAGGAUCUCAGGGUUAUCUGGUGAUCCGGUUGUCCCUGAAGAUCCGGCCCACAUCCUUCUGCGUGGAGCACAUCCCCAAGGCCCUGUCCCCGACGGGGAACAUCACCAGCGCCCUGCGCAACUUCACUGUUUUUGGUCUCGAUGACGAGUACCAGGGAGAAGGAAAGCUGCUGGGGAACUACAUGUAUGAGGAAGAUGGGGAGUCACUGCAAAGCUUUCCCGUUAUGGAGCAGAACGACGGGGCCUUCCAGAUCAUCGAGGUGCGGGUGCUAUCCAACUGGGGUCAUCCAGAGUACACCUGCAUGUACCGCUUUCGAGUUCAUGGAGAACCUCGGCCUCAUUAAACUGACCGCUACCAUUCUGUACAUAGCUCUCGCCAACUUCUUUAAAGCGGCGCCGACUCUGCUGGCCUCUGAAUGACGCGGUGACGUUGUGGAUUAUUAAAGGAGUGUGCCCAGACUGAAUCAUGAACAUGUGUUUUGUAAGAAUCUCAGCGAAGUCUGUAUAGAGAACGUCAGUGGUCGCGGAAGAGGAGUAGAACCACAGAAGAAGCUAAAACUCCCAGUCCCCCCUCUUCAUGAAAAGGCCUCUUGCACUGAAUCAGGCUGAGGGCCGGCCGGCUCCACUGAGCGGACGAUCCAUCCCCGUCCUGGCACCUUCCACUCCGACAGGGAGGUGGACGCUUGAAAUGGGGGAUUAAAGACUCAUUUCCACUAUUUCUUCACACACGGCAUAUUUUUGAGUUCUGUUUUCCAUCAUCUGUAUUUAACUUUGAUUUCCUGUCCGUCGACUAUUUUCCCGAUCGAAGCCCCUUUGGCCCGUGGCGCUGUCCGGCCAUGUCCCUCUCUUUGGUGCUGCCAAGUCUCUGCAAUGGAUUUAAUUGAGCUGUUUGGGCAGCUUGCAGGACUGGACCCCGCUCACAGUGGGUGUGUAAGUGGACCUGCAAGGUGUGUACUACAGUCGAGACUCGGCGUCACGCAUCCAUAUAGACAGCCAUACCUUCUGGAACACAAUAGGCUGCGUAUGGACACUGAAUGUUUCCUCAAGUGGAGGCGUGAUGCAAAUCGUCCUCUAGCUUCACAGCAACACGACUCAGCUGAACUGCGCGCUGUUCCGAGUAUUAGGAGGCUCUUCACUAUGUACCUUUGACAAUAUGCAUAUGGUUAUGGAUGGACUCCAGAACGAAUUCUAGCAUGUGAUUCUUCCCAAACUACCCCUUAACUUUUACAUGCAUCAUGAGUGUUAUUGCGCUUUGAAGUUGUGGCUCCUGUGCCUGGAUCUUAAUUGACUAAUGACUGAUGUUGAAGGCUACUUAAUAACUCCUCCUGUAGACAAGAGUGUGACUUUUCUUUUCAGUUUCUCUAAAGAGGGGACUCUGUCUCCUAGCUCAGUUCUAAACGUCCUCCUCACAUGAAACCCUGAAGGAAUGUAAAUUGUAUAUUUCGUUGUUGAUAGUUGGUCCUUUAUAAUAUCUGCUUUUAUUAGUGUUGCUUUGUAAAAAAGAAAAUUCAUCCCAUCAAUAUCAGAAUUAUUGUAUUACUACCAUAAUGUGUACUGUUUCUCAUUGUAGUGUUUAGCUUGUUUUUAUUUUUAAUUUUUUGGCGGGUGGGGGGGGGGGGCUUGAUGUCGGAGGAUGCACUGCAACAGCUUGUUAGAGAUAUGUUUGUGGCACAGGUCUUCACAAUUGGUUAUGGCGGGUGAGUAAUGAUCAUUUUCAGUUGCAUAUAUGUUUAUUUCAUUAUCUUAUUUAUUAACAAGUCAAAUUGCGAAUGGAAGAAAUUAUUUACUGCAAUGUAUAUUUUGUCAAAAGCUGUUCAGUGCAUUUUGGAACCAUCUUGGGACUUCUUUUUUUUUUUUUUUUUAAGAUAAAUUGCUAUUUUUGUUCAGUCAUGAGAUGACAACUGCUUUGGAAUAUAUUCCAAUAAAGACUUUAAUUUUGAAGAACUUCUCAAGAUUAAUAUAAUCAUGA